CUAAAACUCAGAUAGUUUCGAGAAGAAAAUUUACUUAUUGUUUAUCCUAUCUUGCUUGAUCACCAACGACGUAGGAUAAAGUCCAACUUUGUAUUGCUUGUUUUCUGAAUCUCUUUAUUUUGGGUUCCACAGUUUCUAAUCUGUUAUUGUUUUGGGAAGUGACUCAAAUCCAAUAUCGAACAAGUUUCGGCCAAUUUCCCUGUUAUUUUCUGUCGUCGUACAUUUUAGAUUGAAACUUUUGUAAGUUUUUUCUGAUUUUGGUGUUGGUUUUUGUUGUGAAGAAUCAAGGAAUGAGUGGAGCAGGCGGCCUUAUCGGCGGGGCUGCUCUCGGAACAGCGUUCAAUGUGCUGUAUGAUGUCCUCGGUAAGCUGAUCACCAAGAAUGUAAUGUUUGCACCCCACCUCAAACUCAUCAAAUCCAGAUUAGACUCUUUGGCACCAUUGUUGAAAGAUAUAGAAAAAUCCAACAAGAAAUCGGAUCUGUCGGAUGAGGAACUGGGAAACUUGAAAGAAGAGUUGGAGAAGGGCAUACAGCUCCUUCGAAAGUGCGAAAAGACUCAAUGGUGGAGCGUAGCAAAAAGGUACAAAUACACCAACAAGCUGAUUGAAUGGGAUGAAUCUCUUCAACAACAUUUGAAAAUACUAAACGUUGAGGGAAUAAGGGAUGUGAAGGACACUGCAGUUACGGUGAAGACUAUAGAGGAGGCGGUCAGAAGAAUUGAAUUGAAUGAGAACACCAUUGGUCUCUAUAAUUCAAGUUCCAGUGGGUCAGUUACACUAGACAUUGGUUCCCAAGAUGUAAAUGAUGAGGUCUCUGAGCACCGCCACAAGAUGAGGGUAUUGGCAACUUCAUCAGAGUGGAUCCCGUUACUCACUAACCUUGGCCUAGAGAUUCUGUCUGCUGCUUUUGAUCAGGUUUCCUCCCCACGUAAGCCUCACUAUGCACUAAUUGGUAUGCUGUUGGCAAUUGUGGCUAUGCUUGCUUGCAUCUGGGAGCUCGUUCACAAUGGUAUAAAGGAGGGAGUUGUAUUGAGGAGGAAGGGAAAGUUAUGGUGGUUUUAUUAUCCAUCUCCAAGUAACAUGCUUUAUGGUACAUUCCCCAAAAUGUUUGGAUUACUUCUUGCCAUUGUUCAAUGCAUUUGCUCAGCAGUGCAGUAUUAUUACCUCUGUCGGCAUGCUACUAAUCCUAUAAAACUGUCCCCUGUGCCUGUUGUAUUCGUUUUCUGUUUGGUUGUUUUAAAAUUAGUUGAGCAUCGGAGGUACACCGUUGAUGGCACCCUUGAGAAUCGUGCUUAAACCAAAGACAGAGACUAGAUUUGAGUGAACUCAAAAAAUGAUUCUCAAAGAAUAAGAUCGACCGGCAGAAGGUUUUCUUAGCAUGGAAGCAUGCCUUGAAGCUGUUUAACGUAUAAUGAAAGCUCAUAUAUAGCUUCUCUGUAGAAAUAGAGGUCCCUGUUCAAUAAAUACAUUCUGCACAUGAGUGCGUGCUUGAAGACUAGUUAAUUGUGAAAGCAAGGUUCGAAAGGAGACAAAAGCAUAAAGACAAACGAAAGUUUUGAACCAAUGAGCAAUAAACGAUCAAUAUUUAACCACAAACCAAAGAGCAAUAAAUGAUCAAUUUUUAACCAUUAUUUCUACGUUGCAGGAAACUGCUUAUAGUCGAGCACUACCGAUCAUAUUUUGAAAAUUUUAA